GCAGUUGUUGAUCACUCUUCGUGUGGCAAAUUGAGCAAGGAGCGAGCGAAGGAGGUGUCUUGAAGCAUCUUCAAACACGUUUGUAUUACAUUUACGAUAGAAUUUACGUUGAUUACUACGAUAUUUGUGUAAAAUAGACCUGUCAAGCAUUGCAUAGGCCUAUUAUUUAUCUGGAAGGAAGUGCCGAUCGCUUAAAAUCGGGAUUUGAAUUUGGCUGCGUUUGCUUUGUAAACAGGCGUCGUUCUUUAGCAAAUCGUUUAUAAUAUGUCGAAACUGGACGAUUUUGGAGAUUUGGACGACCUACAUUUGCUGGAUGGGCUUUCUUUGCAAGAAAUCGAAGAACUUUCUGAAGCCAUUGACCCAGAGAAUGAGCUGUUGCCCGCUGCUGAGCGGCAACCUAACCAAACGGAUAAAGAGGAUACUGGGCCCUACCAGAGGGAACAUCUCCUGAAGCAUAUGGAGAAAGAAGCUCUCGAGUCAAAAGUUGGCGAAAAUUAUCUACCCUUCAAGAAAGAAACCCGGGGGAAGGUUUGGAAACCAAAACCGAGACGCCAAGCACCUGCAACGAUUCUUCCUGAUGACCUUAGUGAGGCACUGGAUGGAGCUUCAGUCGAUGAAAUAGCGGAGCUUGCUGCUGUGCUUGGCCUUCAUGGUCUUCUCACACAAGAACAAAGUGCAUUUGGAGACGUUGAUAUGAUUGGAAAGUCUUUGCGUGGAAGUGGAUUGAGGAAAGCAAAACCCAAAUUUGUAACUGGUAUAAAACAGAAGAAGGAUAACAGUCUGAAUGCUGUGAACGAAUUAGAUCUGGCUGACGCAUUAGAAAAAUUAAAAUCAAAUGAUGCAAAUUUAACAAAUCUUAAUGUAAAUAAUCAUAAAGACAUUAACGAGCUGAAUGCAAUUGAAACGAUAAUCGAUUGUUUACAAAACAAUACGCACUUGAAGGUUCUAUGUAUGGCGAACACGCAUAUGCAGGAUCGACAUGCCAAGGAUUUAGCCGAAGCAUUAAGGAAAAAUUCAACACUAGAAUCAUUAAAUGUUGAAUCAAACUAUAUCACUGGUGUUGGGAUAAAGUGCAUAGUUCAAGUCUUAAAAGAUAACGCAGUGAUAAAGGAACUUCGCAUUGCCAACCAGUCUCAAAUGGCUGGCAGUCAGGCAGAAGAUGAAAUUGCAAUAGUUUUGAAAGAAAACAAAACAUUGCUCAAGUUAGGAUGCUCAUUUGACUCAAGAGGUCCCCAAGUGCUGGUUGACCAAUACAUACUCCGAAAUAACGAAAUAGCCCGCAAAGAACGGAAAAGGCUGGAAGAGGAAUGAAGGAAAUGUUACCACAUCGUAUUGUAAUUACAGAUACCCAAAUAUCGAUAUCAAGAUGCGUAUACGAUUGUAUUGUAGAAAGUAGAUUUUAUUUAACUUAAUCGGUAAUCCUGUAUUCUUUUAUCACUAUCUCAAGAGCAUUGCGGGUCUUUUCUCAAUAACAAUGUACAAAAACGUUAGAUAAUUUGCAAUGGUCACACCAGUUCUAUGAAAUAUACUGUUUCUCUAUCCAAGGGAAUAUCUCCCAGGAAUAUUUUGACACCAUUAAAUCGAAAAUUGAUUCAACUUUAUGGUCAAAUUGGACCAAUUUUAAUAAAGAAUAUCUUUGUGUUAUGAUAUAAACAAGUCAUAAACUUGAAAUUUGGCAUUGUGGUAGAUUCUUUCUGUGAAAUACACACAAAGAUGUUAUUUAAAAGUUAAAGCGUAACAUGGUUCAAAGAAACACCGACAUAAAAUAGGUAAAAAUUUCGCUCCAGUAAAAAAAUGAAAAUGUCACUAAGGGCGUCCGCGCCGGUUUUGCCGAAAUCUUGGAGUUUUUAAAAUGGUUAAUAACCUGUCAUUUUCAAAGUUAAACUGUCUGAUUUUGCCCGAAAAAAGGGGUCUGGAAAGUCGAGGAAAAAAAUAGUCGCGAUAAAAUUGACCUUACUGAUCUCUAAUUAUUUAGUACUGCAGUAGCAUAGACAACAAAAAUGGUUAGAGCAGACAAUAAUAUGGGGUAAUAAAUUAUAAGAUUUUGGGGUUAUAUCUAUUCCUAGACGAGACACCAUUUUUGCAAACAUUCCUAGUACCGUUUCUGGUCAUGUUUCCACAUUCAGUUAAUGCUAAAUACACGAAUAUAAUCCAUGCGAUUAGGUUAGGAUCAGGUUUAUGGUUGCCUAGGGGUAAACCCUGGAAUCAUUAUCCGGCAAUAAGUACAAUGCACACGUACACUCUAUUCAAACAUAGAUUCGAGCCUUCAAAGUAUAAUCUUGAUGUAACUUAUUUCAAAGCAACAUGGUUAAUUACAAUAAGUAGAUAUUGGUAUUGA